AUGUCUCUGUUACAGGAAUGCGAUCCUACUUCUGAGGGGGUCUCAAAGGAUAACUUGGUUAUUCCGGUAAUCGAUUUCGAACACUAUCUCACUGGCACCCCUGCUGAUAAGCAUGCCGUGGGCAUGUCCGUAAUCAAAGCCUUCAAGACCUCUGGCUUUCUAUACCUGAAAAACCACGGAAUCCCUCCUUCGGUUGUGAAGACGGUUUUCAACACCUCCGCUGAAUUCUUCGCAAGACCACAGAGCGAAAAGGACAGCUUGGCUUGGACGACCCCUCAGUCAAAUAGGGGUUAUGUUGCCAGGGGCCGUGAGAAAGUCACACAGUCCUUUGACAAGGAUGAAAUCAAGAAGAUGAGGGAUACAAUCCCGGAUCUGAAAGAGACCAUCGAGAUUGGCCGCGAAGGAGAAGAUGGAUUUCCGAACCAGUGGCCUGAUAAAAUAGACGAUAAGGGGAAGGAGUUCACGGAUGUUAUGAAAAAAUUUUUCAUGACCUGCCAAGAUCUUAACAUCAAAGUUAUGCGAGCUGUUGCCCUCGGAAUGUGUCUCCCUGAACACUACUUUGACGGGUUCAUCGACGUCGGAGAUAAUACCCUGAGGCUUUUGCACUACCCAUCGGUCCCCAAGUCCGUAUUCAGGGCCAACAAGGGACAGGUUAGGGCUGGGGAGCACAGUGACUACGGGACUAUUACGCUCCUUUUCCAAGACUCUCGCGGCGGAUUGCAGGUUCGAUCUCCCCAGGGCACAUUUAUCGACGCUGUCCCCAUUGCAGACACCAUCGUCGUAAAUGCUGGGGACUUAUUGGCCAGAUGGGCCAAUGAUCAGAUCAAGAGCACUCUACACCGGGUUGUAGAGCCGCUGCCAAGGCAGGACAGUGAAGACUCAGAUGAGUAUCCUUCACGGUACAGCGUUGCCUAUUUCUGCAAUCCGAAUUACGAUAAAUUUAUCGACGCGAUACCUGGAACAUUUGGGGGGGAUUUAGGUGAGAAGAAGUAUGAAGGAAUCAAUUCCGGAGAAUACCUUCAAUACAGGCUGGCCAUGACUUACUGA